GCCUCCUCCAUACCAACAGGAUGGCCCUUCUCGACUACCCUGUUCCAGAGCUGGAUGUUACCUUGCAAGAAGUGAGCCGUGUCCUGCAGCUCACUUUAACUCCUGACCUUUACCCAGAGUUCAAAAGUACACUGGAUCAGCAGAGGGAGCUCCUUCAAGAGGCCCAGAGAAAGUUUGCAACAAGAGCUUCAGGCCAAGAGAACUGGGUGACGGAGCAGUUCAAGAAAGGUCUGCUGUCAUGUGCUGACCCACUGCCCACCUCCACUGCCCUCCCUGUUGUUCUUCGACCUUCCAAAGCAAAGGGAUGUACCCAGCUGGGGAGAGCAGCCUCUCUGCUCUGGGCAGCAGCAAAGCUGUACAGUGAGCCCUUGUUACUGGAGGGCAAUGUGCCAAUGGAGCGCACACAGCAGUCUGAGGUAUUCGCUGCCAGCCGGAUUCCUGGAAGGAGUCAAGAUGAGAUUAAGGUCUACCCAGACAGCCUCCAUGCCAUCAUCACCUGUGUUGGAGGAGUGUUCCCUGUUGACAUACUGUGGUGUCCAAGCACUGGUGGGCCGCUUUCUGCUCGACCAUUCAUUGACAUCUACAACCAGCUGGCUCAGGUGAUGGAUCAACCCAGUGCAGGAAAACAGAAUGAUCCCUCUGUCAUUUGCAGCCUCUCAGCUCUGGAGCGCAGAGCCUGGGCUGCCACCAGAGAAGAGAUCCUGGAGCAAGGAGGAGACGCAGCAGCAUCACUGAAGCUGAUGGAGAGUGCUGUGCUGACACUCUGUCUGGAAGACUGCAACGCACCGUCUGAACUGGCUGAUGUCCUCAAUGCAGUGAGGCUGGGAGGAGGAGGAGACGGUCCAUAUCUGAGAUACUAUGACAAGGUGGUGAACCUGGUGGUCUUCAAGGACAGCACAGCUGGGAUGUUGUUUGAGCACAGCGCUGUGGAUGGGAUGGUUGCUGGGCUUGUGACUGAGAAUGUGUACAGGCUGUCUGAGACUGCUGACUUAAAACUAGUCCAUACUGAUACAGACAAAAUGAAUGGGUCUGUCACAGUAAAUAAUGUUGAUUCUGUUUGUCCAGAAUCCCUAACAUUCCCCUUGCAAGGAGUAAAUACUCCCAAACUGAGCCCUGACUUAAAAGCAACACACCCAGUUCUCACUCUUGAUGUGCCCUCCUUUCCUGAUGUCUUCUCUACCCUCAGAGGGCAGAGAGGUCUGUAUGAUGCUUGGAUCAACUUCUCUUUGCAGCUUUCCCUGAGGCAGACUCUUGGGGAAUCUGCAACCAGGCACCUCCUUGUCACACCUACCCAUAUGCGCCACUUCAAACAUGGCCGUUGUGAUCCUACAUACUCACUCACCAUGCAUUUUCACAAGUUGGCAGGUGCCUUAGUGUGUUGCAUUGGUCCAGAUAACAAAAUUCAAUACACCACUGACCUCCUACGUCUGUUCCAUGUUGCCUUUCUGGAGCAUAAGAGCCUCAUCAAAAACACCAAAAGUGGUCAAGGAGUUGGUCCCCACCUGGCUGCCCUGCGUAGAUUGUUGCCGCCUAAUAAUCCACUGAGAAAGUACCUGGACCCCUUUGGAUGUCCAUCUGUGUACCUCACAGGUACAGAUCUGGUUGAGGAUGUGGAGUGUGGAGUAGGUAAUGUUUAUGCCCAGGAUCAGUUGGCUGUAACCUACCUUGGGCAGAGAGACAAGGUUCGUAUUGUGCUUAAUGGGAAAGGGAGCUUUGCUCUGGUACUGGAGAAGCUUAAAGAAAGCCUGAUGAUAAACCUGAAGUUAGUGAUGCUUCUAGCUCUAAGAUAUGCCAUUGCAUGCCAAAUGGGAGCCCUGGAGUGUCUACUGAAUCAGGGUCAAACAGAGAAAAUGAAUGGAGAAACAAACCAAUGUCAAGAGAGCCCAGACAAUGGCAAAACUACUGUUGACCACCCCUCUGGAAUGAGCACAGACCACACUCUGGUGAUCCACGGUGGCGCUGGAGAGGAGGUGAUGCUGAACACUGAAGUGAUUGGAGUUAUUGAGUUUGCUCUACAGACAGCCUUAACUCUUGGAUCUCAAGUGCUUCAACAAGGUGGCAAGAGUCUAGAUGCAGUUCAGAAGUCAGUAGAAGCUCUGGAGGACUGCUUCCUGUUUAAUGCAGGUAAAGGCUCAGUAUUCAACAAAGAUGGCAAAAAUGAAUUGGAAGCAACCAUCGUGGAUGGCAAUGCAAUGAGGUCAGGAUCUGUUGCUUGUGUGCAAAGUGUGAAGAACCCAAUAAAAGCAGCCAGAUGUGUCAUGGAGAAAAGCUCACAUUCACUCAUUGUAGGAGACGGGGCUGAGGAGUUUCUGCAAGGGUUGGAGGACAAGGAGAAGUCUGUUGGGCCUGAGUAUUUCCACACUGAUAUACGUCACAGACAGUUAGCAGCAAAGCUCACUGUUGGAAAUACCUCAACAAACAAUCACCCCCAGACAGUCGGAGCUGUGGCUUUGGAUCGUUGGAGUGGGUUGGCUGCUGCAUCCUCCACAGGUGGAUUAGUUGGAAAGCUGAAAGGGCGAGUUGGGGACACAGCAGUAGUAGGGGCAGGAAUAUAUGCUGAUGAUAAGGUAGCUAUUACCUGCUCUGGAGAUGGAGAUGUAUUUCUGAGGCACACAGUUGCACAGAAAAUAGCCAGUCUCUACCACCACAAAGGCUACAGCCUUAGGCAGGCAUGUAGAGAAGUGAUGGCUGAAAAUUUGGAUGGGAUCUGUGCAGGGGUCAUUGCUGUGGACAGUAAAGGUGAUGCCAUCGUUGAAACAAAUGCUGGUGUAAUGUUUGUGGCCUCAAUGAUAGGCGGCAUUUCACGAGUAGAGGUCCUCAGGCCCCUGAAGAGCUUCUCUGAUGUGAUCUGGGAAACAGAUGAGCUGGUUGCCUACCUGGAUCCCAAACCCUGGAUCCCUGGGUCAACCAUCCUGACUAGAAAAGCUCUAAGUGGGGCAAGGAGCAUCUUCAAGUUGGCUACAACUGAUUUUGUGGCUAUGCUGCAAGGAGCAAGAGCUGUGUCAAGCUUGCUAUGUGAGCGACUGGGAGUGCAGCGCUGUGCUUUGGUUUUCCAUCCAACCCCUGAUCAGCCAGCACAAAUCAAACUGCUCCCACUUCAUGGCCUAGAGCCAAAGUGGCAGCCCCAUCUUUCACAUGAAGAGGAAUUCCAAACUUCCAAUCCUGGCUACUGCACCUCAAAGAGCGGCCCACGGUGGUCCUGGCUACUGCACCUCAAAGAGCGGCCCACGCAACAGUGGAGAGUGUGGGAAGACAGUGAGCAUGUUGCCUUCCUGACACCGUACCCAAACUCUUCUGGACUAACAGUUGUGGUGCCACGCAAACCACUCUCCAGUGACAUCUUCAAACUGGAGGAAGCUGACUACAAAGCACUGAUCCUUGCCACUUACAAAGUUGGCAAACUACUGGAGGAGGGGAUGAGAGCUCAAG